GCCGUUGCUUCGCCGCGGCCGUCAACAAACACCACCCGGCUCACCUGUGUUGUUGACCCGCCUGUCCUUUACCUCUCUUAAUCACCUUGGACACCUCAUUAACACCUUCCUACCACUUAGAUAACACGAGAAAACCACACACUCUACCUGGUCCUCCGUGUGUGUGUGUGUGUGUGUGUGUGUAGCAGCAUCCAGUUCUUCAGCAUCUCCGUAUUCUCUCAGGCAUGACGAAUUGACAGACAAGAUGAUGUGUUCUCUGUGGGGGAGGCUGCCAGGGGUGUGCGGGGGUGCAUCACGCCCCCACCUGCAGCUCCUGUGCCCCAGCCUCGGCCUCCCCACACCUGCCACCAAACACCUGCCGUCCACACCCGCCACACACACCCAUCAUGGCAUUAAAAGAACGUUCUGUACAAAUUUUUAUUCAUCGUCACCAUUAUCGGAGUUUGGUGCGGCGAGAGAAGGGAGGGGCGUGUGGGCAAAAGGAGGGUGUGUGUGGGGGGUGAAGGGGGUGAGGGGGAUCAGUCUAACAGCUCCCCGACAUAUGUUCUGGGAGAAGGAUCCGAAGGGUGGCUAUGGCAAGGAGAUAAAGAAGAGCCACAAGGAGCUGAUACGCGACGGCCUCAAGGAACUGCGGCAGGAGAUGUCCAAGUGGCAGGAAGAGAUGAACGAUAAGUUUGACAUGGACCCGAUAUUUGUCCUGCCGGGUGACAUGCAUAAGGUGUGGGUGCUGGACCGGCAGGAGGCGCUGGACAAGUUUGUGGUGACCUGCGACAGUGACCACGGCGAGGGCAAGAGCUCCGCCUCCCUCACCCUCUCCCCCAGCGGUCACGGCCUCUUCUCCGGCGAGCUGUGCACUGAGGUUCCUAAAGAUGGGAGAAUAACGAAGGCCGGCUACUGCAACUUGAAGUCCAUCAGGCCGAGGAAGUCCUUCAAGCGUGAGGUGUACCACAACUGGAUCGACUUCAACAUGCUGGAGAUAAGGCUGCGCGGAGACGGGCGAUCCUACCUCCUCAACAUCACCUGCUCCGGCUACUAUGACCUAAUGUGGAACGACAUCUACACCUACCCCCUCUACACCCGCGGCGGCCCCCACUGGCAGCUGACCAGGAUCCCGUUCUCCAAGUUCAUCCUGAGCAGCAAGGGGCGUGUGCAGGACAAGCAGUCACCCAUGCCCCAAAGUCAGGUGGUGUCCGUUGGCAUCUCCGCUGGUGACCGCUCCAAUGCGCCGUUCCGCCUCGAAAUCGACUACAUCGGCGUGUACAAAGACCCGGACCACACCGAGACCUUCGCCUACGAGAUGUACACACACGAAAAGUUCAUGCUCGGCUCGUGAGGGGGCUGUGUGUGCAUGUGUGAGUGCGUCUGUGUGUGCAGUAGGCGUAGGGUGAUGUUACAUGUAAAUACGGUGAUGUGACGUGCUAAAGACUCAGGACGCAGUGUAAGUAUGUCUCCAAGAUGUUUACCUGUGGCCCAAGGAAGGUGAUGUGUAAGGUAGCUUGGGUUGUACAGGUGUGUGUGUAAAUACUAGUUAUGAUCCUGUUGUUAUGUCUUGAUAGUUUACAGACGCAAUGCAGUGUUGAUAUGACUUGUUAGAUGGGCAUUGAGGUGCAGGGCAAGUAAUAACUACAUUUAAGCAGUAGCGUAAAUAUAGUCGAGUGGGAGAGACUCAUAGCCUGUCCAACUCCAUAACGGAAAAAAAGAAAACGAAGAAGAAAAAGAAGAGCAGCAUAAGUAAGGACUCAACCAAUCAUAAAAGCAAGCCAGAUGGAUUGUAAAGAGAGCAAAAAUGUUAAAGGUUAAUGAUCACAAGAGCGAAAUAUAUUAUAAAUGAACUAGCAAAAACUGGAUAGACCUGUAACUGUCUGGAGCCUUAUGACUGAAAGUUUGCAUGAGGAAAGUAAUGUUUGUAAAGAAUAUGGAAGAAAAGGUUAAGCAGUUUAAACGCUGAUUCGAAUCCCCAUGCUACCACCUGGGAUUAUUCAGUCACUGCCGAGUGGCCUAAGAUUACCCACAUGCUGUCCUGAAGACCACCCAUCAACCCGGACUUAAGGCCUAUAUCAAGGUUCAUAGGCAUUCUUUCAAGUACUCAGUCUGCUUUUUUAUGAACUGAAGGUAAUUUAAUGUACAGACAAUGUAUUAAACCCCAGCCAAAUAAGGUGUCUGCCACUGAUAUUUUGUACAAUCCUUGGAGAGAAAUACACUGCGAUGAUUUUAUUUCUGUAUUU